GCCAUGAAAACAUUCCCAAUGGCUGAUCACAAGCUAUUUGGUGUUGUUUUGUUUGUGUUAUUAGGGAUUGAAAUAAGCUCUGCUAAAAGAGCUCUUUUAACUCUUCAUGAAGUUGCUACUCACAUUCCAGCAGUUGGCGUUGGUGCAAAAUAUGGUGCCACUGCUGGUGUUGUUGUGGGUGUAGGUGGUGGUGGCUCAGGAGGAGGAGGUGGGGGUGGAUAUGGAGCUGUAGGAGAUCAUGGCGCUGGUGGUUAUGGUGGAGGCAGUGGUAGUGGAGAAGGUGGUGGUGCAGGGUACGGAGGUGCUGGUGGGUAUGGAGGAGGUGGUGGCGGUGGAAGUGGUGGUGGUGGUGGUGGUGGUGGUGGUAGUGCUGGUGGAGGUGCUGGAUAUGGUAGUGGAGGCGGUGAAGGUGCUGGAUACGGUGCUGGUGGAGGACAUGGUCCUGGUUAUGGAGGGGGAGGUGGUGGUGGAAGUGGUGGAGGAGGUGGUGGUGGAAGUGGCGCUGGAGGUUCUGGUUAUGGUGGUGGUGAAGGAGGCGGUGCUGGUGGUGGCUAUGGUGCUGGUGGUGCUGGUUCUGGAGGUGGUGGUGGUGGAGGUAGUGGUGGGGGUGGUGGAGGAGGUUAUGGUGCAGGAGGGGCACAUGGAGGUGGAUAUGGUAGUGGAGGAGGAGCUGGACAAGGUUAUGGUGGUGGGGCAGGUGGGUCAGGAGGUGGUGGCGGUGGUGGGUCUGGUGGCGGUGGUGGUGGUGGAGGAGCAGGACAUGGUGGCUAUGCACCUUAAUGACAAUAAUAAUAUAUUUUUUUUAUAUGCAUGACAAUAAUAAUAAUAACAAUAAUAAUAUAUUCUCCGGUUCUUCCUGUACAAAAUAAAGUUAAUAUGGAGAAGAAAAUGCUUAUCAUACAAUAUACCAAUGUUGAAUGAACAAUAUAUGAUCUUGUUAGUUGCACCUGGGCCUAGAGGCCCACUGGCAUUAGCUAACUUGCUAGGUGCAUUCUCCCUUCCUUUGAGUGGGUUUCGAACCCGUCCCGUGUCAAAAUGUUUAUAUAUAUAUAUAUAUAUAUAUGAUGUUGUUAGUUGUAUUAUAAGUUAAGAAAUGGAUUCUUCUCCAUUCCACCCUUAAUUUAUGUGCCAACACUCAGCUCUGUCUCUUCACUGGUUUUGGUGUUCACCACCAUCGGUUCAUUUUCCUACAAUU